GGCAGCGGGGCUGGGCGGCUCCGACUCGGGACGACUCACGGAGCUUUCUCUCGCCGGAUAGUCGACGACCAACACGGACACGUACACGGCGAACAUGCCCAGAAACAUCCCCUCGGGCCCGGCAGCGGAGUGAGGAGGACCGCGGCGUCAACCACUUUCACACUUUGUACGAGAAGUUUGACGUAAUUCCGCGACACGUCUGUGGAGAAACCGAACCCCCCCCCCCUGCUCGGAACCCAGGAUGAUUUUCGCCAAUACUGGAAACCCGCUGAGGACUCCGUACCGCAAACAGUCACUGUUUGCCCCAUCGUCAUACCCUAUGGCUCCACCCAGCCCGAGCACCAACAGCAGCAGCAGCAGCACUGCAGGCUGGGACCAGCUCAGCAAGACAAACCUCUACAUCCGAGGCCUGUCCCCUUCAACCACAGAUCAUGACCUGGUCAAGCUCUGUCAGCCGUAUGGUAAAAUUGUAUCAACAAAGGCUAUCCUGGACAAGACCACAAACAAAUGUAAAGGAUAUGGCUUUGUGGACUUUGACAGCCACAAUGCAGCCCAGAAAGCUGUGGCUGCCCUGAAGACGACUGGUGUCCAAGCUCAGAUGGCAAAGCAACAAGAGCAAGACCCCACCAACUUAUAUAUCUCCAACCUGCCUCUGUCUAUGGACGAGCAGGAGCUGGAGAACAUGUUGAAGCACUUCGGUCAGGUCAUAUCCACACGUGUCCUGAGAGACUCCAGUGGAACCAGCAGAGGAGUGGGCUUUGCCAGGAUGGAGUCAACUGAAAAAUGCGAUGCAGUCAUUUCUCACUUCAACGGAAAGUUUAUAAAGACACCUGCAGGUUUUCCAGUGCCCUCUGAACCCUUGCUGUGCAAGUUUGCUGAUGGAGGGCAGAAAAAAAGAAGUCAGAAUAAAUUUGGACAGAGUUAUCGGGGCUGGGCAAGAGACAGUGACUCCAGACUGCUUGGAAUGACACUCACUUACGAUCCCAGUGCAGCUGCCUUGCAGAAUGGACUUUUCCCACAAGCAUACAGUAUUUCAAACAGGAUGAUUGCUCAGACGUCCAUGUCUCCUUACAUGUCUCCGGUUUCAACAUACCAGAUGCAGAAUCCAUCCUGGAUGCCUCAUCAACAGUACAUCAUGCAGCACCCAGGUACAGUGCUAUCGCCAUCUAUGGACCCAUCCAUGUCACUGCAGCCUACUUCCAUGAUGGCCCCCCUUGCGCAGCAGAUGAGUCACCUCUCGAUGGGCAACGCAGGAACGUUUAUGGCUGCCAACACAGCUAUGCAAGGAGCUUACAUCCCACAGUAUGCACACAUGCAGACAGCCGCUGUUCCUCUGGAGGACAAUGGGGGACAGUCACAAUUGGACUCCUCCAGAAACCACUCCCCAUAUCCAUACCAACAAACCAAGUAGCGCUGAGGUAACGUUCUGACAGCAGCUGAAGCAAUCACGUCUACAAAUGCAAUGGGGGCGCCGAGGAUCUUUUCACUGUUUUGCACAGGUUCUGCAAACGUUUAAGUGAGACUAUUUUUUGGGGAUCGUUUUCAGAAUUAAACAAAUGAUUCAAAUUUUAUUUAAAAAAACUAAAAAAAAAUGUUUGAAAAUGUUUUAUUUUGAUACUACAAUGUUUAUUGUUUACCAAGGAUUGCUACAGGAGACAAGAAAAGACUAGUUGUUUCAAGUGCAUGAUAGUUCAUAUGUCAUUUGUUAAUAUUUCCAGAUUUUUCCAGACAAUUUCUUUUUAAGCCAGACAUUUUUGAAAAUGACGUUUUUGUGCUUGCUGUGUGAGUGUUGCUAUGGUGAAGUAUUAAUUGUUGUUGUUUUUUUGUAAAGUGAUUUAUCUUUAGCUUUGGAAUUGAUCUUGCUGUCUGAUUAAAAUUUGCCUUAAUAGUU